GCACACACAGCUCUGCUGUGUUUGCUUCCAAAGGCUGACAAUGCUCAACUUCACUUACAGUUGGUGUGAACAGAUAUUAUCAACCCUCUCUUACAAAUGUUACUUUUUUUUAAACUAUUCAGCUGGACAUUUAUUUAUAGCUUUCUCUAAGUUUUGAUCUUACUCAGCAUUCAUGCAUGGAGAACAGGGAAGUGAAGUGACAGAUAGCGCGCUCUAUAUUCCUGCGACUUGAACUUUGCUCACUACAUUUUAUCGUCAUCAGGGUCGGGCGAUAGUAUGUAUGCUUAGAAGUCCACAGAAAUCCUCUGCAGAGAGCCACGGGUUUACUAGGAAGACUUUACUAGAAAAGGAUGGCUGGAAGGAGACGCAACAGGGGCGGCAACAACCAGCAACUUGCCCCCCGGCCACCAAGAGGGCGCUCACGAAGGGCACUAAGGGAACCCGCUGCUUUCGCCAGGUCGACAGGUUAUGAAUCAGAAGUCCCCCAUGAAAAGCUCACCAUUGCCGAAGCCAAGAGAGGCACACCAGCUUAUAGACCAGUGAGAGUCUAUGCUGAUGGAAUAUUUGAUCUUUUUCACUCUGGACACGCCCGGGCACUGAUGCAAGCCAAAAAUGUCUUCCCCAACACGCAUCUGAUAGUGGGAGUGUGCAGUGACGAGCUGACCCAUAAGUUUAAGGGCUACACGGUGAUGACAGAGGACGAGCGCUACGAAGCCCUGAGGCACUGUCGAUAUGUGGAUGAGGUGGUGCGGGACGCUCCUUGGACCCUCUCUACAGAGUUCCUCAAGAAACAUAAGAUUGAUUUUGUGGCUCAUGAUGACAUCCCUUACACUUCUGCUGGCUCCGAGGAUGUUUAUAAGCACAUCAAGGAAGCUGGGAUGUUCGUGGCCACCCAGAGGACAGAAGGCAUCUCCACAUCCGAUCUGAUCACCCGCAUCGUGCGCGACUACGACAUCUACGUGCGACGCAACUUGCAGAGAGGCUACACGGCCAGAGAGCUCAAUGUUGGAUUCAUCAACGAUAAGAAGUACCGUCUUCAGAACCAGGUGGACAAGAUGAAAGAGACAGUCCGCACUGUGGAGGAGAAGUCCAAACACUUUGUGUACCGGGUGGAGGAGAAGAGCCAGGACCUAAUACACAAGUGGGAAGAGAAAUCACGGGAAUUCAUAAGCAACUUCUUGGAGCUUUUUGGACCUGAUGGAGCUUGGCAUGCUAUUCAGGAGCGCAGCGGACGAAUGCUCCAGGCCCUGUCGCCUUACCCGUCCCCACGUGGCUCCCCCAGUAGCAGUCCCACCAGAUUGCGCUCACGUUCUCCUGACUCCUCCCCAGUCGCCUCGGCCAGCACCUCUCCCUCCUCCACAUCACCUCCUGCCUCUCCAUCCUUUCGCCGCCACACCUGAAAAAUGGAACACUCUCCUCUCUCCAGACUACCUCUGCACAAACACAAUUUUUUUAUCUUUAUGUGGGAUUCACAUAAUCGCUGAGAAAAAUUAAUAGAAUGAGGAAUUUAUUACAGUACUCCCACUGGAAUGUAACAGUAAAGGCAAAACAUUAGGAUUUGAUUGUGAGUGUGAAUGAUGUCUGUCUAUCUGUGUUUGCCCUGUGACGAGGUGGCGACUAGAAAAUGGAUGGAUGGAUGAAUUUUAUUCCUGUAACACAAUGCAUGAUUCAUACUUUACUUUUUGUUUCUCCUUCAUGCUUUUAAGUCCUUUCUUGUUGAUAAAAAUGCACUCCAAUGAGUUCAAAAUUAAAACAACUUUUUGUGAACCAUUACAAGCAGAAUAGGAGGAGACUGACUCCACAGUCAUUUGGCCUUAAAUACAAUCAAACCUGUCUAUAGUGACCACUCAAGGGGAGGAUAGCAAAAGUGUUGACAUUGAUGCUGGAUUGGAGUGGUGAUUUGUUGAUAGGAGAGAGAUCUGCUUGCUGAUUCGUUAAAAAUUUAAGAUCAAAUAACGGAUAGUGCUCGUUAGCGUGCGAUAAUAUGACUUGUAUGAGUUGUAACAAUUCAAAAUGUGUGGUUUCCAAUACGAUUCAGGGACAAUAUUAUUGUUUUAGAACUAUACGGUCAA